AUGGCUUCCUGGCUACAAAUCCCCAAAAACUCGCCCUUCUCGCUGGCAAACAUCCCAUUCGGCAUCAUUUCAUCGUCUAAGAUCUCAGCGCGAGUUCCUGCAGUUGCAGUUGGAGAUUAUGCAUUGAACCUGAGCGCGUUCGCCGCGUCCGGCGGUUUCUCUCAGCUUCCCGCUAUCCAGUCGCAUUUGAACGUUUUCAACCAGCCUACUCUGAACGCCUUCGCAGCUCUCGGUCGGCCAGUGCACCGACAAGUCCGUGAAUACAUCCAAAAGGUCUUCAGCACAGAGACACCAUUCCCCCAGGUUCUCAAGGACAAUGCCUCCCUUCAGCAGGAAGCCCUCCUACCGCUGUCGGAGGUAACCAACCACGUCCCCAUGCAAAUUGGCGAUUACACGGACUUCUACGCUGGUCUUAACCACGCCUAUAAUAUUGGAGUUCUUUUCCGUGGACCGGAUAAUGCUCUGCAACCAAACUACACACACCUCCCAGUGGCUUACCAUGGCCGUGCCUCGUCCGUGGUCGCCUCUGGCACCCCUCUCCACCGUCCCCAGGGACAGAUCCUAACCAACCCAGCUGCCACUCCCAAGGUUCCUACCUUCUCCCCAUGCAAAAAGCUAGAUAUCGAGCUCGAAAUGGCAUUCUUCGUGUCAACCCCUAAUGACUUGGGACACCCCGUUCACAUCGACAAUGCCGAAGAUCACAUCUUCGGAGUGGUGCUCAUGAACGACUGGUCCGCGCGUGACAUCCAAGCCUGGGAAUAUGUUCCAUUGGGUCCCUUCAAUGCGAAGAACUUUGGCACAACAAUCACUCCUUGGGUCGUCCUUACCGAUGCCCUUGAGCCCUUCCGCACCUCUGGUUUGGAGCCCGGAAACCGGGAAUCCCUCCUGCCGUACCUUCGGGAAAAGCGCGCUGAGAAUGCCUACGAUAUCCCACUUGAGGUUGAGGUCACCAACGCGGGCGGCAAAGCUACUGUGAUCUCCAACAGUAACGCUAAGAACCUCUUAUACUCUUUCCCUCAGAUGCUGGCCCACCAUACCAUCACGGGUUGCAACUUGAACACGGGUGAUCUUCUGGGCAGCGGUACUAUCUCUGGCAAGGACAAGCAAACAGAGGGCAGUUUCCUCGAGCAGACAAAUGGAAAGACCCCGAUUAAACUUGCGGAUGGCUCUGAGCGCUUCUUCUUGGAGGACGGUGACACCGUGGUUCUUCGUGGUAAGGCCGGGACGGAAGGAAACUAUGUAGGGUUUGGCGACUGUGUGGGCACUAUCCUUCCCCCUGUGAAGCUCAACCUUUAA